CCGGCCCCUACUUUCCUGGCUCCCUGAACCAUGGGGCCUGCAGCAACUUCCCGCCCCCCCAGCUCCGGCUGCUGCUGCGCUGGGGAAGCACCUGGCCGGGGGCACACAGGCUGGAGAGCAGCAGGAGUUGGGAAAGUUGGAGCCCGGGGAGGAGGCGGUGCGUGCUUGGAUGCCACCCGCCGCCUCUGUUCCCCGCAGAUCGCCGGAGCCCUCCAGCAGGGGCAGUGGCAGUGGCAGCAGCUCACAUGCCUGGGAGCCGCAGAACCCAAGCACGCAUGCAGGAAUUCUCUUCACUGAAAAAGACUAAGAAGAAAACUCUUCAUACAGAAGAAUUCCAUUAUGGGGAAAAAAAGGGCUAAAGUUAAAAACUGUGAGAAGAGUGAACAACCAAAUCUGCCUCCAAAUAUUGAUGACUGGACAAAAGAACAAGUAAAAAAAUGGGUAACUGAAGAACUUAAGAUUGAUCAGAAAUAUGGUGAAAUCUUGUUUAGCCAAGAUGUGACAGGUUCAGCCUUGAAGCUGUUUACUAAAGAACAUCUUACAGCUAUAGGCAUAACGUAUGGCCCAGCUCUUCAAAUUCUGAAUGCACUGAAAUGUAAAUUGCUAGUUGAAAGCACAGCUCAGACAGUUAUACAAGAAGGUAGAGAAAAUACUUUUGAUGAAAAAUAUUUAAUGGAGAAGGAAGAUGGAGGAAGUGCAAAGCAAGACGAAAAGAAUAAAGGAAAAUCAAAGUCAGCAGAUGCCAGUGAGUCACAAGAACUUAGAGUAUCUGAAUGCACAGAGUCUGUGCUCACAGAUAGAACAGAAAACAAGUUAGGUGAAGCAAAAGAUAAAUCAAAGAAAUUACUGGAAAAUCAUCAACAUCUAACCAGACAAAACUGUUUGCCAUAUCCUUUUGAUGAGUUUCAUGAUAGUCGUCGUUAUAUACAGCACUAUAUUCUUAAUGUCCCUGAAACAGGGCCAUUGAAUCUCAUUGAGCCAGCACAUGAGUUCAAACUGUUCACAAACACAGAGAAUGCAACAGAAGAGGAUAUUAAGCUGAAAUUUAGUAAUGAAACCUUUAGAUUUGCUGAUGCAUGUAUGAAUUCCCGCACCAAUGGUACUAUUCAUUUUGGAAUAAGCAACAAGCCACAUGGGGAAAUUAUAGGAGUGAAACUAAGCAGUAAAGAGGAAUUUAUUGACUAUUUUAAUGAAAAAAUUGAAAAGUACUUUGAUCGAAGUUUUGUCUGUGUUGCAAAAGCCUGCAUUAGGGAACCCAGAUUUGUGGAAGUAUUAUUGCAAAAUAACACUCCAUCAAAUACAUUUGUCAUUGAAGUAGAUGUAGUUCCAAACCACUCUAUAUGUGAAACUAAAUUUUUCCAUAUAAAUAAUUACAAUUUUAAGACUAAAACUUGGGAACAAUCUUUAUUUAUACGGGAUGGACCCAGCUCUAAAAACAUUCUUAAUAAUCCAAAAGAACUCCAGUCAUUUAAGUCCAAGAUUACAUUUGCAGUAGAUCGUCGAAAAGCAGCAGAGGAAGAACACAGAGAAAAACGAAAGAAGAAAGAGAAUGAGGGUCGAAAGCUGAUUAGCCUACUCACAGGUAGCAAGGACUUGCUGGAUAAUUCCUAUUAUGACUGGUAUAUAUUAGUAACAAACAAGUGCCAUCCAUCUCAAACACAGCACUUAGACUUUUUGCAGGAAGUAAAAUGGUUUGCUGUACUGGAGUUUGAUUCUCAGUCAGAAAAUAUUGGGGUGGCCAAAAAAUACAGAGAAAAACGAGGUGCAAACCUUCAUUUUCCAAAUCAGUAUCAAAUGAAAGGGAAAUCAUUUUCUGAAAUAAUUGAAGAUCUGAAUCUCUAUCACCAGCCCAGCUGGAUUUUCUGCAAUGGCAGAUCAGACCUUAAUGAUGAAAAAUAUCAACCUUUAGAUCCCAGUUUGUGGCAAAAACAGAGGGCUGCUGAAGUCAGGAAAUUGAUUUCAUUUCUUUCACACCCAGAUGUACUGCAAAGAGGAAAGUUUCUAGUAGUGUUUCUUUUGCUCUCCGAAGUAGAAGAUCCAGGGGAUCCCCUUAUUGAAACAUUCUGCACAUUUUACCAAGAUCUGGAAGGGCUUGAAGACAUGCUCUGCAUUUGUAUUGGUGCACAAACAUUCCAACUAUGGAAAGAUCUUCUGCAAGCUAGAUUCAUUAGUCCAGAUGAACUUACUAAGAGAUGUGUUGCUAAUUUAAACCUUCCAACAGUGAACGGCACUAUCCUUAAAUUGAAAUCUGUGACACAGUCUUCUCAGAGGCUUUUACCAUGUAAUGGUUCUUCUACUAUUCUUCUAAAGAAGGAAGAAGACUUCAUGACAGCAUUGGAAAUACUUUGUGAAAAUGAAUGCAAAGACACAGAUAUAGAGAAGGAUAAAGUUCAAUUUUCUGAAUUCAGAAAAUCUCAAGAAGAGCAUUUUUACCGGGGUGGCAAAGUAACAUGGUGGAAUUUUUAUUUCUCUUCUGAAAACUAUUCUUCCCCCUUUAUCAAAAGGGACAGUUAUGAAAAACUUGAAGAGUUGAUUCAAUCUUCAUCUCAUUCCUCUACACAAAAACCAUCAAAAGUUAUCAAUCUUUAUCACUCUCCAGGCUGUGGUGGAACUACCUUAGCUAUGCAUGUUCUCUGGGAGCUAAAGAAGAAAUUCAGAUGUGCUGUUCUGAAAAAUAAAACUGUUGAUUUUGCAGAAAUCGGAACACAGCUGACAACUUUAAUCACCUACGGCGCAACCAACCAAGAAGAUUACUUGCCAGUAUUACUUCUUGUAGAUCAUUUUGAAGAGCAAGAAAAUGUCUACCUUCUGGAGCAUGAAAUUCAGUCAGCGAUAGCAAGAAAAUGCAUUAGCUAUGAAAACCCUCUAGUGAUCAUCAUAAAUUGUAUGAGAUCCCAGAAUCCUGUGGAAAGCUCAAAGUGCAGUCAAUCAGACAGCAUUAAUCUAAAAUGUCAACUUUCUUUCAAAGAGCAACGGGCUUUUGAGAAGAAACUGGAAGAUAUUAAACAGCAGCAUCAGCAUCCUGAAGAUUUCUAUUCAUUUAUGAUUAUGAAAGAGCAAUUUAAUCCAGAAUAUAUAAAAAAUGUGGUCAAGAACACACUGAAAGGUUUGGACAUUUACAGCAAACAAGGACAACUUAUUUCCUUCCUGGCAAUAUUAAACUCUUACGUUACAGAGUCCACUGUGUCAGUAUCGCAAUGUGAAGAUUUCUUAGGAAUAAUUAGCAAAUAUUGGGGUAAAGAAAGUUUAGAAGACAAGAUGGGAAUUUGUUCUAAUAUUCUAAUACAGAGUCAGGUGCAAGAAUAUGGAACAUACAAAGGAGUGCGUAUCAUUCACCCACUGAUCGCUAAUUGCUGUCUGGAAGAAUUUAACCUAACCUAUAGGUUAACUAAAAGUGCAAUAACAUUGCAAUUGUUAAAACAGAAUUUAUUUUAUGAUACUGGCUUAGGAAGAAAAAAACUUCUAGAUGAUGUGCAAAGUAUGCUACUUACCAGACAACGUAAAGAACAUGGAGAUGACACAGACACCUUGUUUUCCCCAUUAAUUGAAAAAAUUCAGAAGGAAGAAGGUAGUGCUGAAGUUGAAAGUGUGUUAUGUGAAGGAGCCAUUCGAUUUAGCCAAAACCCGUUCAUUUGCCAAGCCUUAGCAAGACACUACUACAUUAUAGACAAGAAUUUUGUCUCUGCACUGGAGUGGGCCAAAAAAGCCAAAAAGAGAGCCCCUAACAAUUCAUAUAUAUCAGAUACUUUAGGCCAAGUCUUUAAAAGUCAGGUAAAAAAUUGGGUGGAUGAAAAUGCAAAAAGGAAGGUCAUAACUGCUGAAGACUUGAAACAUUUGCUAGAGCUUGCUAAGUGUGCUUCAGAGGCUUUUAAAGAAUCUCAGCAACAGAAUGAAAGUACAGACAAUGUAAAAGAAGCUUUGCAGCUCCAAAAGUCUAAAAGGAGGUAUGAUACUUAUAAUACAGCUGGUUAUCUGGGGGAGAUAGAAACUGGUCUGUACACUAUAGAUAUUCUUGGGUGUACUCCUCUUUUCAACAAAAAAAAUCCAUUGUCCCAAGAAGAUAUGCUACAAUAUUUGUCAGGAAAGCAUGCCAUCCCAACUGCAACUAGUGACACUGAAAGUGAAGAAUAUAAAUUUGCACUUGACCAUUACCAUCAUUAUUUAUCUAAUUUGCGCUCAAGUUUGAAAGAGGCAUUUAACUUUUUUGAGAACUACUUUGUCCUUCUGAAAACAAAAAAUAUUGAGAAAGAAAGUGUGGAGUUCAAAAUACGUAAGAAGGUUCGAGAAUGUUUCAACAAAUAUGCAGAAAUAUUUUGCCACUUGGAUCCUGAGAUAUCGGGGGACAAUCCAAUGAGCUCAAAACUCAGUUUGCCUCGGCAGGAGGAUCACUGCAGGAGAAGUUUGGAGGCUUUGAAAGCAGACAGGUUUUCUGGGCUUUUGGAGUAUCUCAACAGUCAUGAAAAAGCUGAAAGCAAAGUGGAAGACAUAGUGAAUAAAUAUACAUUUUUGAUUGAAAAAUGCACACCCGGACCCCUAUGGAGGGAGAAGCAGAAUUUCAUUUUGGCAAACAUUGUUCUCAGUUGUAUUAAACCUAAAUCCAGAAAGAUAUGUGCUCUUCAUGAAUUGAAAGCACAGCUUAGAAAAAUCCUACAGCAAGUAGGUCUAGAGCAUCGAUUUUCAGAACCUUACUUCUUAGCCUCUUUACUGUUCUGGCCAGAGAAUCAAAAAGAAUUAGAUCAGGAUUCCAGACAAAUGGAAAAGUAUGUCAUAUCAUUGAAGAAGUCUUUUAGAGGACAAUACAAACAAAUGUGUCGUUCCAAACAGCCUAUUGCUCAUUUCUAUCUUGGGAGUAGUAGAGGUCUGAAUAGGCUUGUUCACAAAGGAAAAAUAGAUCAGUUUUUCAGUGAACUUCAAGUACAUGAAUUGCAUUCCCUGUGGCAGAAAGGAUGCAUAUGGGAAGAAAAGGAUGUCCAAAAUCUAUUGCUUCGUCUAGAUGGCAAGGUCGAAAAUGAUCUUGUCUAUGUGGACUAUGGAAUUGAUGAAAAAAUCAGUAUACCAGUGCGACCUGCUUUCUUAGGCUGGCUCAGAAGUGGCAAAAGCAUAGAAAGAGUGUCUUUCUAUCUGGGAUUUUCCAUGGAUGGUCCAAUAGCAUAUGACAUAAAAAUGAUUUAAGAGUUUGAAUAAUUAAAGUAUUAUAUGCUCCACUUCUACAUCCAUGGAGCCUUUUACAUACAUUUUUUUUCAGCCUUAACCCUUCUUUAUUCUCCGUAGUUUCAGAAGGCAGCAUCUGGGUUUCUGUGCAAUUCCCUCUUCUCUUCAGCCUCUUCAUAUUCAGUGCAGAGCUCUCUAACUCCUCUCCUGCUUUUCCAGAUAUGAGCACUGUGGUAUGAUAUGCAGACAUGCUAAUGCAAAGCAAGAUUCUUGAAUGCCUGAGGUGAAGAAAGAUAUUAUUCAGCUUGGAAAGAACUUUGCACACAAAAUGACCCCAGCAUGGUUUGGUUUUAAAAUGCUAUGAUGGCUAUAAAGCCCUAUCACCUUCUGCUAUAUGCACUCCCUCCGAUGCUCCCAGCUGUUUUGUUUAUUUUUACUAUUUUCCUAAAAACAUUAGUUCACCAAGCUGAUACUCCUAUAUACUUUGAACGUACACAGAACAUUGAUCAAUUACGGUCUGAUUCUCCAUUGCCUUUAGAUUAUAUAGUGAUUUACCUUGUAUGUUGUGGGUGUGAAAUGCUACCAAAUCAAAUAGUAGCAUUUUACACAAACUUUGCACAAGAGUAAAUAACUAUACAAGGUGUAAGGCAGGGGCGAUCAGGCCUUCAGGUAGCUAUGAAAAUAACCUUUUGAUCUACAGCAAAAUAGAUCUAUAACAGCUAUAUUCUGACGUACUCAUAUUUUAGAUAAACAAUAAUUGUAAUAUAUUUACUGCAGGAGAAAGCAAGCAUUCCUGUUCCUCUUCCCCUGAGCUAUUUGGAAAUAAAGAUGGGCCUAGGGUACAAAGCAAAGAUGCAAGUAUUUUCUGUUUUGACUUACAAGGCACUGAACAAAAGAACAUCCCUAUUUCUGGCCCAUUUUAAAUUGAUCUGAGUUAAAAAUUUCAAAAGUCCCUAAGUCACAUUUUCAAAAGGGACUUAGGCACUUAGGAGUUUGAAAACAGAACUUAAGCUCCUAAGUCACUUAAGAAAUUUUACCCCUUGUCACAUAUGCUUCUAGGUCUACAGGUUUACCUCCUCUGGUGUUUUUUCCAUAUUAGGGGCAUUUGUUUCUUUCCAGUUGUUUGUUCCUUUUUAACACUGAUCCCUGUUGUCUUCCAUGGGAGAAACAACUGAAUGCAUAUGCAGGAAACUGCCAUUUCAUAUCCUAGGGUUGUAUUAUAAAUUUUCCACAAAGAAAAGUGCACUAGUCCGAAAUAUCAAAGCAGUAUGUUAUUUCAGUCUGAGGAUUCUCCACAGUUAUACUUCUACACUGUGUGAAUAUGAUUAUCAGACUUUAAAUUUAUUAAGUUAGUAAACAUUUACAUAAAUUUUCUUUCAAAGUUACUUUAAAACUCUGGAUGUGUCAGUAACAUAGGAUGUACCACAAAUAAGGCCCAAUCCAGCUAUGGGAUUUCAAUAUGACUAAUCACCUGAGUAAAG